GCGUCUUCCCGCUGAGACGCGUUGCCUGAUCGAGCGUGGACUACAGACACUAUUGCAGUCAUAUACUCACACACUUUAUUGACAAAAAAAUAGGAGAAAAUACCGCUCGAAUUCGAAGAAAUUUGAACCCAAGAUGCCUAGGAAAGCAAUGAAGGUCAUAGUAGAGCUAGACAUCCAUACGGURACAUGUCCUGGGACUUUUCUACGGGAUUAUGGAUAUGUGUACUUGAAAGUUAACUGUAUGGGAUUGGAAGUGAACACAAAGUCUGUACCUCCAACGUUUCCUCUCUUCUUCCACGAAAGACUUCGCUUCGAAAGGGUUUUUAGAAGCUGCCAAGAUCCUGCUUAUGUCUCGAUUCAUCUCAAAGGCGAAGAUAUUUUGAUAGAACUAAGACAACACGACGACUAUAUCUCAGAUGGUUAUGUCAUUGGUCACUAUGCCAACAAUGCAAGAGACUACCUUUACCCAGCAGUGGCUCCUUACCCAGGGACAGGAAGGGAACUAACACUGUUCAAGACAUCUCUCUUUAACCCCAUCAGAAUAACGGGCCAACCAUUAAGACUUGAAUUCUCCACCAAGACAACCAUUAAAGAAGUGCCAGACCCAGAUGACUUCAACUCUUCACCAAACCUGAAGGCUGCUCUUGGAGCGUCUGACCGCAUACAAGAACGAGUGGAAAGAAUCCUAGAUACUAAAGAUAGAAGUUUGAUGUUAAAAGGAGAUUCAGAUGAUGAAAGUGUGGACUCCCUCGACAUCCUGAGGGAUUCGUUAAGGGAAGAAAGACGAGCGAUCAGCGACGCUAUACGUGAAGCUGAUAGGGCAGCGUAUUACAAGUCGCUUGGUAUUGAUCUUUGAUGAGUGUAAAAUAUGUCAAUCCUUGUUUGGGAUCCCGCGAGCAAUAAAAAGUGUGUGAGUAAAGACUUCAAGGGAUUUAAGGGUAUUGUUUUUAUCUAGCGACGACAACAGRACAUCCUUAUCCUCGUUUACGCUACUCCAGUCUUUCGUCAUCCUUGGAAAUCCAGAGAAGACAUCAACAAUUAUCUGCCACGGAGACCCGACUCAGUAGUGAAGAAGACAUCUCUGGAAUUCCAAGGACGGCUUUCUUCCCGUCCCAGCCAAAGAAUAUUUCAAACUGUAAAACAAUUGAUUAUAAAGUGUYGAAAAAGCCUCUAAGGGGUUUUGGUCUAUUUGAUUUAUUACUAAAUUGAAAAAUUGAUAAUGGAACGAUUUUCGUAUGAGUGGGAAACAUACGGUUCUGACACGGUACGACAUUCCAUAACAUUGAAAUGGCUUCCUAUGAGAAUGGUUAUCGUAUGAGUGGGAAAC